GAUGCCGCGCGCUUUGGCAGCGGCAGGCGCGUCCCUUCCCGCUCCGGCUCCAGCUGCUGCCGGGGCUUUUCCUCGGGAUGCCUCGGAGGUUCGCUCCGCCUUAGGGCCGCCAUGAGCGGCGGAGGGGUCCGGCCAAGAGUCCUUGGCUGCCUCCGGGCCGCUGCCCUUCUCCUCCUCUUUCUCCUCGGCGCCGGAGCCCAGCCGCCCUCCGCUUGCCUCCGGGUCCGCGCCGCCUUCCGGGCCCUCCACCCCGGGGCCAAAGGCGGCCUCGAAGCCCCCUCCCCAGGGACGGAUUUGCAAGUAUGCCUCCCGAAAGGUCCGACUUGCUGCUCGAGGAAAAUGGAGGAGAAAUACCAAGCCUUGGCUCGCUCCAACAUGGAGCAACUUCUGCAGUCGGCCAGCAUGGAACUGAAGUUCCUCAUCAUGCAGAACGCUGCCGUCUUCCAAGAAGCCUUUGAGGUCGUCGUCCGUCAUGCACGGAACUUCACCAACCUCAUGUUCAGGAACUACUACCGUGGCAUCGCUACGUAUGCGUCCCCUUUUGUGGGGGAUUUAUUCACCGACAUCUCGCUCUAUAUCCUGGGCUCGGACCUCAGCGUCAACGACAUGGUCAAUGAGUUCUUUGACGGCUUGUUCCCCUUGGUCUACUCCCGCUUGGUCAACCCGGGCCUCCCCGAACCGUCGGCCGAAAUGGCGGAGUGCCUGCGCUUAGCCCGUCGAGACGUGGAAGCCUUUGGCGACGUCCCCAAAGCCAUGAUGACCCGUGUGUCCCGCUCCCUCCGGGUGACCCGGGUCUUCCUCCAGGCCCUCAACCUCGGCAUCGAAGUGGUCAACACCACUGACCACUUGCGGCUCAGCAAAGACUGCGGCCGGGCGCUUUUGAAGAUGUGGUACUGCCCGCACUGCCAGGACCUCCUGACGGCCAAGCCAUGCGCCGGGUUCUGUGGCCUGGUCUUGCGGGGCUGCCUGGCCAGUGUGGCCGAAGUGGACGGGCACUGGAGGGAGUAUCUCCACGCCUUGGAAGGCCUGACCAAAAGCAUGCGCGGCACCUACGACGUGGAGCAUGUCCUCCUCCACCUCUUCUCCUCCAUCCGGGACGCCAUCACUCACAUGCAGAAGAAUGCGGGGAAGAUGGCAGCCGCGGUCAGCAAAUUAUGUGGCCAUUCCCAGCAGAGGCAGCAGCGCUCCGCUUCGGAACCUGAAGACAGCGUUGCUGACAAACCGAUCGUGAAGGCAAACCCUAUAGACCAGGCGGAAACCUUGUCCAGUCGGAGAAAGGAACUCAUCACAAAGCUGAGAGCCCACAGCAGUUUCUAUAGCAGCCUUCCGGAGUAUAUCUGCAGCCAUAGUUCCACCAUCCAGAACAAUACCGUAUGCUGGAAUGGUCAAGAAUUGGUCGAAAGAUACAGUCGCCAGGCCACCAAGAGCGGCAUUCGAGGCCAAGGAGGCAACCCUGAGGCCAAGGCGAAAGGCCCCGAGCCCAUGAUCAGCCAGAUCAUUGAUAAGCUGAAACAUAUCAAUCAGCUCUUGAAAGGAAUAUCUGUCCCGCACCGGAGGGAUUCUGCCAAAAUGGAAAGGGACGACCAUCUCGGCAGCGGAGAUUGCGACGACGAGGACGACGACUGCGGCGGUGGCGGAGACGUUUCUGGAAACGGCGAAUUGCGAGUGAAGAACCAGUUGCGGUUUCUGUCAGAACUGGCCUAUGACUUGGACGCGGAGGACAUCCCUUCCAACAAGCAGCGUUUAAACCAGCAGAGCAAAGAGGCUUCGGCGGGUCACGAUUUGGGCUCCGGCGGCACAAGGCCGGCCAUGGACUUUAUGGCCGCUGCCAUAAUCACGCUGUCUUUUCUGCUGACCAAAUGACCGACGGCUCUCGUUCCUUGGACGUCCAGCUGGAAAUGACCAAGAUUUGGUUCCUUCCCCUCUUUCUUCUUUUUUACAAACUCUUCUUUCUCGGGAGGCAUGUGGAAUGAAUCGAAUCGCUCCCGAAAGUUACGGUUUUUCACAACGAGGGGAAGGGAGGGUCCAGGGCUUGUUUUGAACCAAACUAGGUGCAACCCUUUUAAUUUGGGGGGGGGGGGGGGAUAUUUCGUUGAAAGAUUUGAAAAAUUUGAAUUUGAUUUGACCCGGAUGGGAGAAAGAUACAUUGGAAUAAAAGUCAUGGUUCAAAUCGA